GGCCUGACCUGACCUACCUCCGCCGCCGUCACUACCACAACACCACAAUUCACUCCUCUUGCUCCGCUCCUCUCCUCUCCCGCCGGCGACCAUGGCGAAGGCCGCAACAGCAGCAGCAGCGGCGCCUCUCCACAGCGGCCUCCCGGACGAGAUCGCCAUCUGGGAGAUCCUCGUCCGCCUGCCCCCCAAAUCGCUCCUCCGCUGUCGCGCCGUCUGCCGCGCCUGGCGCAGCGCCACCUCCGCCCGCGACUUCCUCCUCGCCCACCACGCCCGCCAGCCCGCCCUCCCCCUCGCCUGCGGCCUGGAAGACGACGGUGGCAGCUGCUACUACCUGGCGGCCCAGCACCAGCCCGUCGCCCGGCUUGCCAAGGCCUUCUAUCUGUGCGCCUCCUGCGACGGCCUCCUCCUCCUCUCCAAGCGCAACCAGCUCUCCAUCUGCAACCCGGCCACUCGUCAGUAUGCUCCCCUGCCGGCGAGUUCUGCCUUCAUUCCGUUGGGAAUGUACCGGCACCGCCCCACAGGCGAGUACCGAAUACUGCUGUACAAGGAAAUUGGUCUUCCAGCGACCGACGGGCAAGAUGCCUGCCACAUCUUCGCAUUGGGCUCUGUCCAGCCGCCGAGGAGCAUCGGGUCGCUGCAGGAGGCGGAGCAACUGAGGUUCAGCGGGGUACCUGUCCCGUUCCGCGGUAACCUGCAUUGGCACCUGAAUAAGCAUUGGUACCUACAAAAGUAUUGGUACUUGCCCGAGAAUCAUGAGAGCAGAAGCAACAUUAUAAUUGUAUUCGACACCACAGCCGAGAGGUUUCGUGAGAUGUGUGCUCCGGUUGUUCCUGACCACCAUAAACUGUUUGAGAUGGAUGGCAUGCUCGGCAUGUCCGGGUUUAACGAUACAUGGCCAAUCAUUGAUGUCUGGAUGAUGCAGGAGCAGGACUAUGAAAGUGAGGUCUGGACCUUGAAAUACCGAGUUGAAUUGUCCAAUGCAGAUCUUCUCCUUGUGCAGUUUGGUCAGUUUGUCGAUUAUUGGAAUGUGGUGGUCGCCUCUUGUGAUGGCGCUGUGCUUGUGCUGGUCAAGUUUGGCAAGUCUGUACUUCAGUUUGAUAUUGAUGGCAAGUUGGUCAGUUUUCAUCACAAAGACCUCUUAGUUACUCAACAUCGGCUCAAGCAAACUCUUGUUCCACAUACCUUCUUUCCGAGACUAGAUGGUCAUUCCGUGAAUGCUUGGCCUUUCAUCUGAGUGGUGUUGAGUGAGUUGGUCCUUCUUAGAGGCCAACCUGUCUGUAUCCUUGAAGCCUGCAAUAUGUAUGAAUUUGAUCCACCAUGAGCCCUAGCUUCUUUAUCGAUGUAAUGCAAAGUUAUGAUCAAGAACCUCCUACUGUAAUAUGAUUGCAUGAAAUUCAUAUUUCUUUGGAUAUGGUUUUGGGCUGAAGUGGCUAACGGACAAGCUGAUGCUAAAAUUACCAACUCUUUGGGUAAGACUCACAAGUAAUCCAUGGAACAACAGCUACAAGCGAGGUUUGGGACUUAAAGUACCAAAUCAGACUGCCGGUUGAAGAAAUCAGGGGCCGGGUCGAAGAUUAUUAAGACUAUGGCUAUCGGGACAUUAAUGUUUGGGAUGUGAACGAUGUUUCGGGGGAUGAUGGCAUGUUCUUGCUGGUCAAUUUUGGUCGGUGUGUGCUUCACGUUGACACAGAUGGCAAAUUGAUUGACAUUUUCAAUUUUGAUCUCCAAGGCCUCUGUAUUUAUGAAUGUCGUCUCAAGCAAAGUCUGGUUCAGCAUACCUUUUUUCCGUCUCUAAAAGGUUAUGCUGUGAAUGCUUCACCUUUCAUCUGAUUGUUGUUGUUGAGUGAGGUGGUGGUUCUUAACGGACUAGCAGUCGUUUCCUUAUGAGCUGCAAUAUCUAUGAAAUGGAUCAACUAUGAGGCUGCUGGCAUCUUGCUUUUUAGGCAUUGAUGUAAUAUAAGUUAGGAUCAUAAACUCUGAAUGUUAUAUUGCUUGUCUCCCUUUCGGUUGAACUGAUUAAUGCCGUGUUGAUGCUUUGCUCUGCUUUUAAAAUAUUUGCCACCUGAUCCACUU